AGACGACAAAGACGGUCACGUGCUCUCAUAAUAACAAUUCAUAAACUUAAAUUAUUAAUCAUGGGAUGGAAUUACAUUUUUUAUUUGCUGUUUUAACAAAUUUAGAUGAUACAACAUGAUAAAUACAACAAAUAUUAACAUUCAAGAAGAAGAAGGUGAGAAAGAAUUGAAUGAGGAUCCAUCUAGAAGGAAACGGCAACACCCACCAGAGUUACUUGCCAAUCAGAAUUAUGGUUCAGAUGAAGUGGACGUCGAGCUAAAAGUACAAAAUCGAAGAAAUCCUUCUGGUGAUACAGAAUUAAUCCCAACAACUAGCUGGUAUGCGAAACUCGAUUCAAGACCUUCUCAUUUACCAGCCGGAUUAUGGAGGGUUCUUUCUCAUCUAUUAGGUGUUGUUGGUGAUUCUAAGCCUAUUAUUGGCACGAUAUUUCAUGUAUUUACAGUUUCACUUGCCAUUCUCUUUAUUGUAUUACAUUCCUGGUUUGAAGUAUAUAAUAUUAUAUCAUCGGAAACCAGGCAAACAACUCUAAAAGGUUUUGUCAGUAUUUUUUUAACCGUUUAUUGGUCUACACUUGGAGUUUAUUCACAUAAUUUGGCAGGAAGAUUAUUAGCUGCUCCUGCUAUUGCCCAAUCUGUUCGAUUACAUACAAAGACAGUGUUCAAAUUGAACAGUGCUGGAGUGUUAAUGGUGUUGGCUGGAUCUGGUUUAGGUGUCAAUCUUUUCUCUAGCAAAUCUAAUAGAAGAGAUCUGGAAGAGGAUGGAAGAAUCUUAGAGCUUCAAAAACUGCCUGUGAAAAAAGCUCGAGGAGCCCAAAACAGUUCAUUCGAUUAUGUUGAUGGAAUGAGAGUUCGAGAGGCUUUUAAUAUAAUCGAUGGCGAUUUGGAUGUUGAAGAGCGUACAUCUCGUUACCAAUACGCCCAACUAACGCCCCCCAUCUCUAGACGAAAUAGGUCAACGGUUAGUGUUUCGGGACCAUCACUCUCCCAAGCGGCAUAUAGUCCAAAGAGGAAAUUCUUUCGAGGAAAAUCUACAAAUUGUUUUUCGUCAGAAAAUCAGGACGGCAUCGAAGAACGUAGUGAUGAUGAUAGGCUCGAAUCUCAGGAGGCUUUACUCCAAUGCUCUAUAGGAAAUGUUUCUGCGGCUGGAUUGAAAAGAAUCAUGACCUCUGGACGAGAUUCGUCUAGGAGUAAUAGUUUUCGACGCCAUCUAAUAAGUGACGCUAGCGUUUGCACGGAGAACACAGAAGCAUCGCAAGAGUUUAUUCAAAGCGCUAUUGCGGACGGCAUGAUAUCUUCAGAGGAUUUAUUGCUACGACAUUGGAAAUUAUCAAGUCGUUUACGGGCUGUAUCAAUCUGCUUUCAAAGGUGGUUUACCGCAUGGAUUGCUUUCAUAAUAUUACAUUGUGGGACAUAUAUUAUAUAUUGGAUAUCCCAUUCGGUUACUCUGAUUUCGGUUGCUGAUUUCUUUCUACCUAUACUUCUAUUACCGUUACUUACUGGAGCCUAUGCAGAAGUUAAUAUGGAAGGAAGAAGAUUUAUAAAAAGUGUUUGUCCAACUGAAGGUAGGAUGGAGUUAAUGUUCUAUCUACUUGAGAACAAGCUGGAAGUAACCGCUUUCGGCUGGGCGAUACACUACUCAACGAUUGUUAAGGCAUUAGGCGCUCUAUUUAUUGCUUUAGCGUCUAGAUUAAUUUUAGAUGACAUGAAACAAAGUUAA